GGAGAUGAGCCCGGCGGGCUGAUGCCGCCGGUAACCUCGGGCGCCCAGGGCGGGGAGCCCCACGCGGGCCGCGGAGGACGGCGGCCGCAGGCAGCCCGCGCGCCAUGUGCGAGCUGUACAGCAAGCGCGACACCCUGGCGCUGCGGGGCAGGCACAUCGGGCCCUCAUGCAAAGUUUUCUUUGCUGCGGAUCCCGUGAAAAUAGUGCGAGCCCAGAGGCAGUACAUGUUUGACGAGAAGGGAGAACGGUAUUUGGAUUGCAUCAACAACGUUGCCCACGUGGGACAUUGCCACCCAGAAGUGGUCAGAGCUGCCCUGAAGCAGAUGGAGCUUCUCAAUACGAAUUCCCGAUUCCUCCACGACAACAUUGUCGAGUAUGCCAAGCGCCUUUCAGCAACCCUGCCGGAGAAACUCUCUGUUUGCUAUUUUACAAAUUCAGGAUCUGAAGCCAAUGACUUAGCCUUACGCCUGGCCCGGCAGUUCAGAGGCCACCAAGAUGUGAUCACUCUUGAGCAUGCUUACCAUGGCCACCUAUCAUCCUUAAUUGAGAUCAGUCCAUACAAGUUUCGGAAGGGCAAAGAUGUCAAGAAAGAAUUUGUACAUGUGGCACCAGUCCCAGACACUUACAGGGGAAAAUACAGAGAAGACCACGCUGACCCAGCCGCUGCGUACGCAGAAGAAGUGAAGAGCAUCAUUGAAGAAGCUCAGGACAGUGGAAGGAAGAUUGCUGCCUUUAUUGCUGAAUCCAUGCAGAGUUGUGGCGGACAAAUAAUUCCUCCAGCAGGCUACUUCCAGAAAGUGGCAGAAUACGUGCGGGGAGCAGGGGGUGUGUUUAUAGCUGAUGAAGUUCAGGUAGGCUUUGGCCGGGUUGGGAGUCACUUCUGGAGCUUCCAAAUGCAUGGCGAAGACUUUGUUCCGGACAUCGUCACUAUGGGGAAACCAAUGGGCAACGGCCACCCCAUGGCAUGUGUGGUCACAACCAGAGAAAUUGCAGAAGCGUUCAGCAGCUCUGGGAUGGAGUAUUUCAAUACGUUUGGAGGAAAUCCGGUAUCUUGUGCUGUUGGUUUGGCUGUCCUGGAUAUAAUUGAAAAUGAAGACCUUCAAGGAAACGCCUUGAAAGUAGGGAAUUAUCUUACUGAGUUACUGAAUAAACAGAAGGCUAAACACCCUUUGAUAGGAGAUAUUAGGGGCGUUGGCCUUUUUGUCGGAAUCGACUUAGUGAAGGACCCCCAGCAAAGGACCCCUGCCACAGCCGAAGCUCAGCACGUCAUCUACAAGAUGAAAGAGAAAGGUGUGCUGCUCAGUGCCGACGGCCCCCAUAGAAAUGUGCUGAAACUAAAGCCGCCCAUGUGCUUCGCUGGAGAAGAUGCAGAGUUCCUGGUGGACCAGCUGGACGGGGUCCUAACAGUUUUAGAAGAAGCCCUGGGAGCCCAAACUGCAAGUGUGAUUUCUGAGACUCCUCCAUGCAAAACAGAGGUGCCGAAGGAAGCACACCUGCAGCUGCUCAGCGGUGGCACCACCAACUCCAGAGAAAGCCCCAGCAGAAAGAGAAACAGUGCGUGCACAGAUAAACACGCCCUGCUCAGUAAGAGGCUCAAGACAUGAAUCAUUAGCAGCUUAAAACAAGAUACACGUGCAGAGUUCCGGAGAGUGAGCGGAUACGUCUCGUCUGUUAGCUAUAUCGUACCCUCUAAAGCUAGAAUUGUCACUCAGCUUAGAUUUGUAAAUAAAAAGGUAAAUUAAUAAUAAGAAUAAACCAAGUGAUAAUCAAACCAUGUCGGGAAUAUCAGUUCGUCGGCCUCUGGCCUGUUAAUUUCUUACUUGAGAUUUCUGAAGGUACUUAAUUAUUCUAUUAAAUGUAAACUUGCAAAUUCAAAACUAAGUAGUUUUGCUUCCCAUGUUCUGGUGUUUGAAAUUCAAGAGCAUAGUGCACUACUGCAGCAUGAAGGAAGAAAAAGAAAAAAGAUAUUAGAGAG